AUGUCGCCAUGGAAUUAUUCAGACUCUUACAGAAAUGAGGCGCAGUGGAGAGCUUACCCACUGGCAACAAUUAAUAAACUAAUUGACGUGUUUGGCGACCACCUUGGCAUUGGUAGCAACAUCGGAUGUAGUCUCAGGAAAACGGUUGCUGCAAGCUCGAUUCGAGAGAAAGCUGCUGAUCAUCAUCUUAUCCUUGCUGUCAACACAUUUCAUGGCCACGCGCACAAUCGCAAGUGCCAGCUGCAACAUCACCCUCUUUACCUUCAUGGAUUUGGGCUCGAGGACUUGGAAACAUGCGAGUGUGUGUUCGCAGCCUCUAACGCUGCAGCGCCACUUAUAUGUCAUGCUUCGCAUUUCCAUUACGUUCAGUUCCUGGAGCUUCAUUUCGACCAGUGGGAUAUCGAUAAGUACCUUGAACUUAGCCGGUUUAUUCUGAAUAAUUACAAGCAAGCACUAACUGUGAUUUCCGACUACACCAAGGAACUCGAAGCUUAUCGCGCAACAUUCCCCGGGGAGGGACUUGAUUUUGAAAGUUGGAUUGCGGAAGAAUUCGCUUAUCUGGAAGCUGUGGCCGUAGAGCCUGCACAGGAUGCUACUGCAGUCGAGUAUGUUGAAGCGCUCGAGAAGCUCGAGAAGUGCCAGUGA